AUUUGAGCAUCGAUGCCAUGGAUGUGGCGGGAGAGCAGCAGCUGGAUGUGGAGCACAAUCUGUUCAAGCAGCGUUUGGAUAAAGCUGGCAAUCGUGUGACGCCGGAGGCCGACAGACACGAGCUGGGGAAGGAAGAAGAAAAAGUGUUUGAUCCCAACUCUUUGGAUGCCGAUCGCUGCGAGAGCUGUUAUGGGGCAGAGUCAGAGGACAUUCGGUGCUGUAACACUUGUGACGAUGUCAGAGAAGCGUACCGGCGGCGAGGCUGGGCCUUCAAGAACCCGGAUAGCAUAGAGCAGUGCAGGAGGGAAGGGUUCAGCCAGAAGAUGCAAGAGCAGAAGAAUGAGGGCUGCCAAGUGUAUGGUUUCCUGGAGGUCAACAAGGUGGCUGGAAAUUUCCACUUUGCACCGGGAAAAAGUUUCCAGCAGUCUCAUGUACACGUGCACGCUGCUGAGAUUCACGAUCUGCAGAGCUUCGGCCUUGACAAUAUCAAUAUGACGCACUACAUCAAACAUCUCUCAUUUGGAAGGGAUUAUCCAGGCCUUGUGAACCCUCUGGAUGGGACAGACAUCACUGCGCAGCAAGGUUCCAUGAUGUUUCAGUAUUUUGUCAAAGUGGUCCCCACAGUGUACAUGAAAGUAGAUGGUGAAGUGGUGAGGACUAACCAGUUUUCCGUGACACGACAUGAGAAGAUAGCCAACGGGCUACUGGGAGACCAGGGUCUGCCUGGCGUAUUUGUGCUUUAUGAACUUUCGCCCAUGAUGGUGAAGCUCACAGAGAAGCACAGGUCCUUUACACACUUCCUCACGGGAGUUUGUGCCAUCGUUGGAGGCAUAUUUACAGUUGCUGGAUUCAUUGACUCCUUGAUCUAUCACUCAGCACGUGCCAUCCAGAGGAAAAUCGAACUUGGGAAGACAACUUAA